AGGAAUUAACGGAUCGGACAGCACUCUGAACGGCUCGAUCCCAGUAACAAUUUGAGCUUUUGAUUUUGAUCAGUGCGCGCUAGCUACAGUGCACUCGAGCGCCGGCAUUGCCUCUGCAGCAGCCGAGUUAAUGGCCGACCAACGCCGGAGAUUUCGCGGCGGAGGAGAUUGGCAGGCGAGCGUCGACGAUGUGGUGGACGACGGUGGCGAGCUCGAGGCCGCGGCGGCGGCGGCGGCGAGGGGAUCGGUGCUGUCCGGGGAGUACCAGGCUCAGGAGAUGUCCACGAUGGUGUCGGCGCUGACCUGGGUCGUCGCCGCCGGCCACGACGACCACGGCGGCGGGCAGUGGUCUGGCCUUGUGGACGUGCCGGCGACGACGCUCGCCGGCGGCGGCGGCGGCGACUACGGGCAUGGCGCACAGGGGAGCUAUUAUUACUACGGCGCAGCGCCGACGUCGACACCGGAGUUCGUAGCAGGAGGGCAGCAAGAGCAGCUCAGCUCCGACGUGCCGCAGGGCGGCGCUAGUCUCGGUCUCGCCAUGGACGAGCACUCGCCCACAUACACCGUCGAAGCGUCGUCCUCCGCCGAUCAGCACGGCGGCGGCGGCGGCGGGCGGCGGUACCGCGGCGUGCGGCAGCGGCCGUGGGGGAAGUGGGCGGCGGAGAUCCGCGACCCGCACAAGGCCGCCCGCGUCUGGCUCGGCACCUUCGAGACCGCCGAGGCCGCGGCGCGCGCCUACGACGAGGCCGCGCUCCGCUUCCGCGGCAGCCGCGCCAAGCUCAACUUCCCCGAGGACGCGCGCCUCAGCAGCCCGCCCGCCGGCGCCGGCGCCGGUGGCGCCACCGCAGCGGCGCAGACGGUGCCGGUGGCCUACCCGGCCAGCGCGGUCUCGGACUACUUGCAGUACCAGAUGCUCCUACACGGAGGAGGCGGCGGCGGCGGCGGCCGUUAUCCUCUCUACUACGGCGGCGGCGCCGCCGCUGCCAUGAGUAGCUCUUUGGGGCCUUACUCCUCCAUCCCCACCUCCUCGGUCACCGUCGCCUCCGUGCCGUCGUCGUCCUCUGCCGCGUCGUCUUCUUCGGGUUACGGCGCGCCGGCGGAGCACGGCGAGGCGGUGCAGUGGACCAGCUGGCCGGACGGUGGUGGCUGGACCUAUCCGGCGACGACGAGUUCUUGGUCUGGUUCGAGCCAGUACCCGCCGCCACCUCGGCCUCCUCAGCAGUAGUUCUUUCUUCGUUUCUUACUUCUUCCAUGGCAAGUGGUAGCUAGAGAUCAUACUAGGUUCUGAAUAUUCUCUUACUUAAUUCUUGUUGUUUUCUUACUUAGAGACUACUAAGAGCUUGUUAUUUUCUUCCUUAGAAACCAAGAGUCUUCAGUUUGUAGCUAGCCAAGAUGAUGAUAUGGUGGUGUUGUGUGUUCAAAAUGCAUCCAUGCAAGAAACCAAAGAAAGGUGCAUGGCAGUGCCACUGUUGUAUUUGUUCUUUAUUUUGAUGGAAUUGUUCUUUUCUAUCAUUUCCUUUAGUCAAUAAAACGAAAAUAACUAUAA